UCUGCCAUUUUGUAUCUCCACAGUCUGUCAGACGAAGUUGGUCAUCAACGAAGAAGGAAGCAAAUAUGCGAUUGUCCACUUCUUUUGUUUAUUUGCACCUUUAAGGAAAGCACAUUAGAGUUUCACUUGUUUGAAUAUAUUGACAUUAGACGCGGUCGGCUGACAGCUCUUCUUGUAUCACCGUGUCAAGACAUCUUGUUUACGUUUUGGUUUAGCAGGCGAGCUAACGAAGUUAGCCACCUAGCUUAGCUAGCGACCAACGGUCUAAGCGUUAGCUUUCUAACGCUAGCCAGAGUGUCGAAAUGGCGGCCAACACGACACAAGCAACCCCUACAACAAACUGGUCCUAUGGUGGUUCUGGGGAUGGCCAGGUUCACGAAAACCCAGAAUGGGAGAAAGCAAGACAAGCAUUAGCGUCCAUUAACCAGAGUCAGAGCUCUGCUAAGAAUGCACAAGCCAACCGGACCGCCACAGCAGAGGCCGAUCAGUUUCAGCCAGCAGUAAAUGACUCUGCUGCCGUUCAGCAGCAGCAGCCAGCACAGCAGCAGCCACAACAGCAGCCACCACAGCCGCAGCAGCAGCAGUACUAUCCAUGGUACCAGCAAACCCAGCAGCACUAUCCUGGAUACACAUAUCCCUAUAAUUACUACUACCCCAUGGGUCCAUAUGGAGCUGCAUAUCCACCAAAUCAGUAUGGUGCACCCCCAGGGCCUUACCCGGGAGCUCCCCCCUCUAAUGGCCAGCCUCCUCCAGUGCCUGGAAUGGAAGACCAGUCCCCCGGCUACCCAUCUCAACCACAACCUCCUCCCCCUGCUACACCCCAGAGCCCUACCACCUCAGACAAACCCCCCCCUCCUCCACCUCCACCUAUUCCUCCCCCAUCCAACUCCCAGUACCCCCCUCCUUCAUCACAAAAUGCGUACAAUGCCAAUAACUCCAUGCAAUAUUCAUCUGGUGACCCCAACCAAAUGCAAGUUUACAAUCAUUCCCAGGGAAGGCCUAACUAUGGGCAGGGCUUCCAGGCCCAGAACUCCUAUCAGCCCUCUCAGAAUAACUCCAACAGCAGCAGCAAGCAGCAGCAGCAGCAGCCAGGCCAGUAUGUAACGGGGCUUGGCAGAGGAGAGGCGAAUAAAACCAAAAACCAAAAACAAGGACAGCAACUCUGGCACCGCAUGAAACAGGCACCUGGGGCAGCUUCUGUGAAGUUCAAUAUUCACAAGAGGCCUUACCAGGUUCAGUGUGCUCCGAUGUCCAAUCAGACUUUCCCUCCAGGCGAGCAGCCCUCAGGACUGAAUCCAACUCCUUCCUCCCUGACUUCUGCCAGUACUUCAUCUGGAGGUGUUCAGAUGCGACCCCAGGACUGGCCCCAAGCCAUGAAGGAAUACGUGCAGCGCUGUUUUACAGCCUGUGAGACCGAGGAAGACAAAGAUCGCACAGAGAAGGUGCUAAAGGAAGUUCUGCAGGAUCGCCUGAAGGAUGGCUCUGCUUACACCAUUGAUUGGGCUCAUGAGCCAUUGCCAGAACUAAAGGUCAAGCCGUCUCGUUGGGAAGCUGUUGCGUCCCAGAGGACAUCAGAUGGCUCAAUUAGCCGUGGUGGAAGUACAGCGGCUGCAUCUUCAAGAGGCAGGGGUGGUGGACACAGAUUGGGCCACUACAGGAAUAUAUUUUCUCAAAGGAGUCCAUCUUCUAGUUCCUCCCGGUCCUCCUCCCGCUCCCCAUCCCCCUCCCACGGCCGAAACAGGGACCGCAGCAACCCAAGGCACCGACGCAGUGACUCAGGCUCCCAAUCAGACAGCAGCAUCUCCAGUGACCUCCGACCUCAGCUGUCACGGCGAAGAGGUGCACGUGGUCGUGGUAAUGACAGGGAUAGGGGACGUGGAGGCGGAGAGAGAGGACGAGGAAGAGGAGGAAAAGCAAACAGAGGACGGAGAAACAUGGACGAUUCCAAUGCAGCUGUUGGAAAGAAGAGAAAGGGUGGCAACGCCGGUCUUGAUUUCCAUGACCCCAACAGAGAAGCAAAGAAGCAGAGCAGAGCAGCUCGUUUCCACAAGCAGCUUCGCUCCGAGCCCCUCGUUCUCUCCAUCAAUUCCUUUGACUUACCUGAUGGCACACAGGAGGGCCUCAGCUGGGAGGACUGCCCCAUUGUGGGAACAUGCCAGGACAUCACCAAGCCCUAUCUGAGGCUCACCUGUGCCCCCGACCCCUCCACUGUGCGCCCAGUGCAUGUCCUGAGAAAAUCUCUGCAGGCUGUGAAACUCCACUGGAAAACCCACCAGGACUACACCUAUGCCUGCGAACAGAUGAAGUCCGUACGACAGGACCUCACGGUCCAAGGAGUUCGUACUGACAUCACGGUGGAAGUGUACGAGUGUCAUGCACGCAUUGCUCUGGAAAAGGGAGACCAUGAAGAGUUCAACCAGUGCCAGACCCAGCUGAAGGCCCUGUACAAGGACAAUCCCUCAGAGAACAUUGGAGAGUUUACAGCAUACAGAUUGCUGUAUUACAUCUUCACUAAAAACUCUGGAGAUCUGACCACUGAGUUGGUGUACUUGACCCCGGCACUGCGGGCAGAUGUGUGUGUGGCUCAUGCUCUCGCACUCCGUGCUGCCUGGGCAUUAGGAAACUAUCGCCGUUUCUUUAAGCUGUACAAGGAAGCCCCGCGCAUGGCUUCAUACCUCAUUGACAAGUUUACAGAGAGGGAAAGAAAGAUUGCACUUCGGGCAAUGGUCAAAACGUUCAGGCCCGACUUGCUGGUGCAGUAUGUGCAGUCCAAUCUGGGCUUCUCUUGUUUAGACUCCUGUAUGACCUUUCUUACUGGGCUAGGUGUCACCUUCUACCCCGGUGACCCUGAAAAGAUAGACUGCAAAACCAGCACAGCCGCUUUGGCUGCCUCUUGAGGGGGUGGGGGGGGGGGGGUAACACCAUAAAGAGAGCUGCUAAGGGGCCAUAAUGGAUCCUUACAUAUACAAUGCACUGCACUUGAGACACUUCAGCCUUUUCAGAGUAGUUGGCAAACUUUAGAAGACUCGUGUAGAAAGAUACAUUCAGAAUACUCUUGGAUUCAGAUUUCAGAUGUAAUUUCUGACACUCGGAUAAGAACUAUUAUAAAUCUUGAGUCUGCACACACUGUCACUCAAAUAUUGUAGGUUAUCCUGACGCCCAAGUUAUGUCACUACAUCUAUAAUGCUAGAAAAGUGAGUGAGAAGUUUUAGAUUUGGGAUAAACAUGUAGUCUCAGCAAUUAGAGGCCAAGAAGUCACAGAACUAACAUCAGGGAGGCACCCUCAUGGUUCCUGUUCCGUAGCCACCAUCAGAUGUCAAAGCUAACAGUGUUCUGUUAUGUGUUUUCCUUCCUCAAGUCAACAGCUCCAAGACGAGAAGAUUCAAGCCUUGUCAACCAAAAAGGAAAUACAAACAGCUGCAAGUCAUUCAUCCAGCUCGCUCCUGUUUGAAGUCAAGUCUACAGAUUCAGAUCACCUUUACAUAUUCCUCUUAGAGACUGUGAGACAACACGGUGAGAAGAUUCUGGCAGUUUGUCUGAAAGAAGAAGAAGAGGUGGUUUGUAUGUCCUGUCCUGUGCCCAGUUCCCUCAAGGUAUCUACAGUUGGAUGUGCGUUCUCUUCCUUGUCCCCAAUCGUACGGCCUGAGAGCAAUGGACUGAAGUCUUAAGUCUUUUUCCUGAUUUUAAUUAAGUUCUAAUAAUUCGAUGGUUGGCCAGCUUUUGGGAAAAGGUCUCAACCUGAAGAGCAUUGACUUUGUGUAUGACAAAGGAUUCAGGCAAGUGUUCUUCAUCAAGGUGAUCUCCUCACACCUCCGUGCCCUCCAAGCUGAGUUCCAUCUCCAGAAUCAAAGCAGCCAGAGGCAGAGAGGGCAUCUGCCUCCAUCAUCCUCAGGUAGACGUCCGCCUGCACCUGGAAUUCAGCAGACCCCGAUCAACGCAGCAAAGUGAGGAAGCCCAUCUGUCAUCCAUGGUGGCCGUCUUAACCUCACCAGCCGUUAAUCAAAAGAAACAGCGCCAGCUAAGCUGCCAUCUUUAAAUACGGCCAGAGGUGAAUUCUGCGGGGUGCUGCAUCAGCGGAAACCUGUUUCUUCAAGAAGCAAUAACAACAAGUGGUUUGUAUGCUACAUCUGGCUCUGGUGUUCGCAAGGCUGGUAAGCGAAAGGGACUUCUCUGGAAGGAGGUGGAUGACGGCACUACAGAGAUGUUGCCUCACAGUUCUUCCGUGUUGAAUGUUUUCUAUCUUCUGUUUUUUGGACGGCAGUAUUGGCCCAGUAAAAUUAUUAUGGAACUGCAAAGCAGUUUGUAAAAUAAUAUUUACAGUUUGCUAUCGGACGGAUGAAUUAAGUAUCAUAACAAAUUUGACGAAAUCCUAAAAUGCCACCAGUAAGAUCCCAGGACUCUACAUGUACUUGUGCUGUCUAAAUGUCAUAUGGUAAAGUAUUUAAUUAAAAAAGUUAAACAGACAAGCAGACAGUGAUUUAUAAAGGAGAUGCAAGUUGAGUGAAGACGAGUUUAUGUCCAUUUUUCCAGUAGUUAAGAGAAUUAUUUAAUUAAAAUCUGAAAGUGUAGCAUAUUAAUUAAAACAGCAUUUGUAGUGGAGUUAGUUCUUUCUGAUGCGAUUUUGGUCGGUUAAUCUUGAGGUUUGUGCUUUUGAGGACCUAGAAUACUAUUGGUGUUGGUGCACACUGUUUUAGGUGAAAAUAUGUAUGACAAUACUUCAAAAUAGUAAUGAUUAGAUGGUUCCAGAAUGUCAGGAAACGUACCCCUAAACCAACAACAGGACUAUUUGGUACUGCUUUCCACCAUAUCCUAUGAUUUGAGUCCUCGUAUUGAAUGAUUGUGUGAAGACAGGUUGACAUCAUUUUAAAUUGUUUAUUUGAACAGUAUUAAUUGCCACUGUAGAAAUAUUGAGCCUGAGGUAUUUAGACUGUAGUGUAACUAACCAGAACAUGAGUGAAUGCAGACUUGGUGUACAAGUUUACUUGUCUACAGAAUUUAUUUUUGUAAAUAUUGUAUGAUAUUGCUGUGAUUUAAUUUCAAUUAGUGCAUAGUGUAGAUUUCUUUUUUUUUUCUGGGUUUUGCAGAACUCAUCUUAGACCAUUUAUGUGAAUAUGUAAACUUAAAUGCAGACAGAUCUGGAUUAGAUUGUGUGCCAUGUCUUCAUCAUCAGAGUGGAUUCAGUUUCCAGAGCUAGUUUCUCCCAGUACAGCCUGAAACAUUAGCACAGGCUCUAAUGCCAGAUUGUGGCCAAAUAUAUUAUGAUCAAUUUCCAGUGAUAUGACAAAUAUGGAUGUUAAAAUUGUCCAUUUUUAUUCAGGCAAAAAGCUUCAUUGCCUCAGUGGUCUCAUUUGCCUGUUUUGAGACCGUUAAGUGAUUGUUCCAUGCAAAGCUGAUAUAUACUUGGUGGCGAAUGGGAGCACCAUAGCCAAACACGCGUAAUGUUAAAGCCUUCUACAAAUUACCAUCAGAUUGACAAAAUGCUCUUGUAAACACUGGAUCGUUUGUUUGUUUGUUUGUCAAACUGUUCAUUGUCGGCCAUUAUUUCAGCAAACGUUUUGUAAUGACAACAAUCUCAACAUGUUUUCUUUCUUUCCCCUUCAUUUACCUGAUCCCCUGUCCUCUUUGCGAUUUCCCCCCCCCCCCCUCACUCCCCAAACCUUUCUCUCACACGCCACCAGCCCUCUCAUUCUUCAGCUCGUAGCACUGCUGCAUUGCAGGAGCACAUGGAGGGAUGAUAAGUGGGCGAAGCGCCUCCAGACGCCAGCCGGAGAGAGUGAAUUGUGAGCAAUCCAAGUCUUGGUUUGACCCACUCAAGUUGAAGCGUCACAGCUGAUUAAAUACAUGGGAGCCUUGUAUAAUGAAAUAUGGAAAAUGCUGCUGCUAACCCAAAUAUUUCAAAUGUUUUUUCUGUGCAACAUGAUACCUGUUUAGUUCAAAGAAAACGAUGUUUAAAGAUUGAUAAAGUUACCAUCUAAUGCU